UAAUGCAUCAACAUUGUUUUGUAAAAUGUACAAAAUAUAAUUUUUCUCAAAAUAUUGGUUGGUUAAUUUUCCAGUAAAAUGGAUGAAUUAGCAAAAUUAGAACAUCUUUCUCUGGUGUCGAAAGUUUGUACAGAAUUAGAUAACCAUUUAGGAAUAAACGACAAAGAUUUGGCUGAAUUUAUUAUCGAUUUAGCUGAUAAAAAUCCAAACUUCGAUGGUUUUAAGAAAUCACUCAUUGAAAAUGGAGCUGAGUUUUCUGAUUCAUUUAUGACAAAUUUACUACGUAUUAUACAACAUAUGAAACCAGCGCCUGCUCAAGCUGAACCAAGUAAAGAAGUAAAAAGCUCAAAUCCCUUGGCUAACAAAUUUCCUGGAUUAGCAAUCCCUAAUGAAAAACCACCACACUUCUCCUCUGAUGAUGAAAGUGAAAGUGAAGACAAAAAGGGUAAAAGAAUCACAACUAAAGAUAUUUUCAAAAAUGAAAAUAAAUCGGAUUCUGCGAAGGAUGAUGUAGUUGAUCAGGCAAUGGCUGAAUUAGAGGCUUUGGCUCCAUCCAAUGCUACAGUUUCUGAUGCGAAAAAGCGCGAACGUAGCAAAGAUAGAAAAGAAGAUGUAGGUAAGAGAGCAACUUCUAAAGAAAGACGUAGCAGACGCAGUAGAAGCAGAAAUCGGCGAAGUAGAAGUAGGGACAAAAGAAGUGUUAGUCAUAGCAGAGAUAAGAGGAGUAGAAGUAGAGAUAAGAGAAGUAGGAGUAGAGAUAGAAGAAGUCGAAGUCGGGACAGAAGGAGAAGAUCCAGGAGUCGUCAUCGCAGAUCCAGAUCCAGGGAUAGACACAGGAGAUCAAGGUCAAGAGGAAGAAGAUCUAAAUCUAGAUCUCGAUCUAGGGGACGAGAUAGAGAUUACAAGCAAAGGGAUAGAGAUUAUGGUAAAAAACCAAAGAAGAGAAGUCCUGAAGUUGAAUUGAGUGACGAUCCUGAACCUGGUAAAAUUUACAGCGGCAGGGUAGCGAACAUAGUGCCAUUUGGCUGUUUUGUCCAAAUGGAAGGAUUGAAGAAGAGGUGGGAGGGUCUUGUUCAUAUCUCACAGUUAAGAGCUGAAGGAAGGGUCACUAAUGUUUCUGAUAUUGUAUCGAGAGGAGAUAAAGUCAAGGUGAAAGUUCUGUCAGUGACUGGUCAGAAAGUAUCACUAACUAUGAAAGAUGUCUGUCAGGAUACAGGAAAAGAUUUGAAUCCCACUUCUCAUGCACAUUUGGAGGCUGAACGCGAAGGCCGUAAUCCAGAUAGGCCUCCACCAGCCGCCACUGUGCUCGCAGGGCUCCAGAACGGGCUCGACCCUGAUGAAGAUUCCAGUAGGAAACGCGUCACGAGAAUCUCAAGUCCGGAGAGAUGGGAGAUUAAACAGAUGAUAUCAUCAGGAGUAAUAGACAAGAGCGAGUUGCCAGACUUCGACGAGGAGACUGGUCUGCUACCGAAAGACGAAGAUGGUGAAGCUGACAUCGAAAUAGAACUAGUCGAAGACGAACCACCUUUCCUCCAAGGCCACGGUCGAGCAUUACACGAUCUAUCCCCAGUUAGAAUAGUAAAGAACCCUGAUGGGUCAUUAGCUCAAGCUGCUAUGAUGCAAUCUGCUCUAGCGAAGGAAAGAAGAGAACAGAAGAUGCUACAAAGAGAACAAGAGAUGGAGAGUGUUCCGACUGGUCUGAAUAAGAACUGGAUAGAUCCGUUGCCAGAAUCCGAUGGUUGGGCUUUAGCAGCCAAUAUGAGAGGCACAGGCAUUACAACACAGGACUUGCCAGAAUGGAAGAAGCAUGUUAUCGGAGGCAAGAAAUCGUCGUUCGGUAAAAAGACUAAUUUGUCGCUGUUGGAGCAGAGGCAGUCGUUGCCUAUUUAUAAACUGAGGGAUGAAUUAAUUAAGGCCAUAUCAGACAACCAGAUCCUCAUAGUAAUCGGUGAGACUGGUUCCGGGAAGACGACCCAAAUCACCCAAUACGUAGCGGAAUGUGGCUUAGCAGCUCGAGGUCGGGUGGCCUGCACCCAGCCCAGAAGAGUGGCUGCUAUGUCUGUGGCCAAGCGAGUGGCGGAAGAGUUUGGAUGUAGAUUGGGCCAGGAAGUCGGAUAUACUAUUCGGUUUGAAGAUUGCACCUCGCCGGAGACUGUUAUCAAGUACAUGACAGACGGUAUGUUGCUCCGCGAAUGUCUCAUGGACCUCGAUCUUAAGACCUAUUCCGUUAUCAUGUUGGACGAAGCCCACGAGCGAACGAUUCACACAGACGUACUCUUCGGUCUGCUCAAACAAGCUGUCCAAAAACGACCAGAAUUAAAGCUAAUUGUCACCUCCGCAACGCUCGAUGCCGUCAAAUUUUCACAAUAUUUCUUCGCUGCACCAAUUUUCACGAUACCAGGCAGAACAUUCCCUGUAGAAGUUUUGUAUACGAAAGAACCAGAAACGGAUUAUUUGGAUGCGUCUUUGAUCACUGUAAUGCAGAUACAUUUGAGAGAACCUCCAGGGGAUAUUCUUCUGUUCUUAACGGGUCAAGAGGAGAUUGACACGGCUUGUGAGAUUUUAUACGAAAGAAUGAAGUCCCUUGGUCCAGAUGUGCCAGAACUGAUUAUUUUGCCUGUGUACUCCGCGCUACCAUCGGAAAUGCAGACCAGGAUUUUUGAACCAGCUCCCCCUGGUUCUAGAAAAGUGGUGAUAGCUACGAAUAUAGCAGAAACGUCGUUAACAAUAGAUGGUAUUUAUUACGUGGUCGAUCCAGGGUUUGUGAAACAGAAGGUGUACAAUUCGAAGACGGGAAUGGACUCGCUGGUUGUUACUCCUAUUUCGCAGGCAGCAGCAAAACAACGUGCGGGUAGAGCUGGUCGCACGGGGCCGGGCAAAACGUACCGGUUAUACACGGAACGCGCCUACCGAGAUGAGAUGUUGCCCACACCCGUGCCUGAGAUACAGCGGACCAAUCUCGCCACCACUGUGUUACAACUAAAGACGAUGGGCAUCAACGACCUGCUGCACUUUGACUUCAUGGACGCACCACCUGUAGAGUCUCUCAUCAUGGCGCUGGAACAGCUGCACUCGCUGUCAGCUCUGGAUUCUGAAGGUCUACUCACCAGGCUUGGACGGAGGAUGGCUGAAUUCCCGCUAGAACCGAAUCUAUCAAAGAUCCUCAUCAUGUCCGUAGCACUACAAUGCUCUGACGAAAUCUUAACCAUAGUGUCAAUGCUGAGUGUGCAAAACGUGUUCUAUCGACCAAAGGAUAAACAAGCUCUCGCAGACCAGAAGAAAGCCAAAUUCAAUCAGCCAGAAGGAGAUCAUUUGACGCUCCUUGCGGUUUAUAACAGUUGGAAGAACAAUAAGUUCUCGAACGCGUGGUGUUAUGAGAACUUCGUGCAAAUUAGGACCCUGAAGCGGGCGCAAGAUGUCAGGAAACAGUUGCUGGGGAUUAUGGAUAGGCACAAACUCGACGUAGUAUCAGCGGGCAAGAACACAGUGCGCGUACAGAAGACGAUUUGCUCUGGAUUCUUCAGAAAUGCCGCGAAAAAGGACCCGCAGGAAGGAUAUAGGACGUUGGUGGACAGCCAAGUGGUGUACAUACACCCGUCUAGUGCACUGUUUAAUAGACAACCUGAGUGGGUUAUCUACCACGAACUAGUGCAAACGACGAAAGAGUACAUGCGUGAAGUAACAACGAUCGAUCCCAAGUGGCUCGUCGAAUUCGCUCCAGCGUUCUUCAAGUUCUCGGACCCGACUAAAUUGUCCAAAUUCAAGAAAAACCAACGACUCGAACCCUUGUAUAAUAAGUAUGAAGAACCUAACGCGUGGAGAAUAUCCAGGGUGCGCAGACGCAGAAAUUAAUCUUGUAUUUAUGUUUAAUAAACUAGUUUACUGUGA